AUGCGUGAGCAAAAUGCCUCGUCCACAUCCUUCAUCGAAACGAUAGCCGGCUUUACCGCAGGCAUCGUCUCGACCCUGACUCUGCAUCCGCUCGAUCUCCUCAAAACGCGCCUACAAGUUGACUCCAUCUCACGCACCCGUGUCGUCGGCAGCUCCACGCGACUCCUCCGCCACAUCUACACGCGCGAAGGCGGCAUUGCAGCGUUUUAUCGUGGAUUGACACCGAAUAUUAUCGGGAACUCGACGAGUUGGGCGGCGUAUUUUUUGUUUUAUGGGAAUAUCAAACAGGCGCUGAGCCGUCGGGGCGGCAGCGGCGGCGACAGUAAAGAACUGGGUGCGUCGGAGUACUUUUUUGCGUCGGGGGCUGCCGGAAUUCUAACAGCCCUCCUCACAAACCCAAUCUGGGUCCUCAAAACCCGCAUGCUAUCCACCGGCUCCGCGGCUCCAGGCGCAUAUACCUCAUUCAUCGCCGGCGCGCGUCAGAUUCUUAAACAUGAGGGUUUCGCGGGUUUUUAUCGCGGGCUUGUGCCUGCGCUGUUCGGGGUGAGCCAUGGCGCAUUUCAGUUUAUGGCGUAUGAGAAACUUAAAGCUUAUCGAACUUCGACCACCACAACCGCAACCACAACUACAAGCUCGACCACUGCCGCUAACGCAAAUAAUAGUAGGAACAGUCUAGGCACGCUAGAUCUACUAGGUAUAUCCGGGCUAUCCAAAGUGUUUGCGGGAUGUAUCACGUACCCAUAUCAAGUCCUACGCACGCGGCUACAGUCGUAUAAUGCGGCAAUUGUGUAUCGAGGAGUGUGGGAUGUGACGCGGCAGAUAUGGAGACAGGAAGGCAUUACUGGGUUUUACAAAGGAUUGGGGCCGAAUCUGCUGCGUGUGCUUCCUGGGACGUGGGUGACGUUUCUUGUUUACGAGAAUACAAAGGGGGUUUUAUACAAGUCGAUUGGUUGA